AACAUUGUGACCUGGGGUUGUCCGUCAUCAGUCUCUGCAUCUGCGCACCGACGUGGAGCUGAUCCCGUCGGUCAGUCGCGCACAUUCCGUUACGGUAACACACGGCCAUUGGAUUUUUGCACCGGUUCGGAAGGAGUGUUAUACCGAUAAUAUGUUCGAAAGCAUUCUUAAAAUACUCGUUACGUUGCUGUACUCCUGCUGUACAUGGUUUUGGCAAAAUAUAACUACCAAAUUUGCGACCAUUAUGGACUUCAAACAAAACGGCUCAACGACAUCGUCACAACCCCCUCACACCCAAUCAGCCGUAAGCGGUGGACUUUACGGAACCGAUGGCCGUAACGGAAGCUCAGCUAUUCGCCUGCAAUCCUUGAAACAACAGCAACCAGCCACGACGGGUACGAAUGGCCCAGUUACGAUGAAUUCCUCGGUCACCGGUUCUGCUCCAUUGCGCCGGAGAUGCCGCAGUGAAAGUCUUCCAAUGGCACCAUUUCUCUACGGGAGCACGGAUCAGCAGGGACCCAGCAAAACUAGGAAAAUGCUUCCAGGGAAUAGCCAUCAGUCCCAUCACCAUCAUCAUCUCAACCAUCAUAAGCAGAAGCUGUCUGGCGGAGGAAACACGACGAUGUCCUUACAUGAUCACCAAGUAUCGAUGUCGCCGGGCGGACUGUACAUCGAAUCCUUUUCUCUGCAACAGCAGCCUCAUCACGGUAACCGAAAAGUGCUACCAUUGCCCACCCACGAUCUGCUGCCAACGAUCGGCACAAACUCACAUGCCACCGGAAACAGCGCUCAGCAACCCGCGAAAGAAAACGUUGCACAAAAUCAUCUCUUCGGUGGCGGUGGUGUGAAUGCGAAGGACUUGUACAUGAGUGAAUUGGACGGUCUGCGGAAGGAUCGUCGAAACGGUGGAUACUUCGUCCCAAACGAAUGGCAGCUUGAGUCACGAUUUGCGCGCAAUCUUGAAGCCAAUUUUACCACCCGUGCCACCAUUUUGGAGCGUAGUGGGCGCAAGAUGCGUGCUCGAAGUGAAUCGGAACCGCAGGAGUUUAUGUACCACAGUGCCCACAGAAAUAGCGGCCUAAUUUCCGCCAACACCAGUCUGCUCACCGGACAGCGGACUAUCGCGUCCUCCCAACGUGAUCGACAAAGUAGAGAUAAUACCUUAAAACGGACACGGGAUACCAUCUCCCCAACACUGGAAGCGGACGAAUCCUUUGCCAUGUACAGCAAUGGCGAAGGCGCCUUUGGAAACGAGUCGCUAUCAUCUCCAGCCGUCAUCUCGGUGAUACCUCUCUCCAGCCAAAAAGAUUCACCACCUUCGAAAAUAGUGAAUGCGGCAGAAGCGAUGGACGUUAGUCCAACCGACCAUCUUCAAACGACUGGUAGGGUUGUAGCCGGGCAACGCACCAAAUGUUCAAAGGCCUUAUCCGGUUCCACGACUGGCCAGCUUCGUUCCUCGAAAGUGGCAGUUAGGGCAAAUCGAAUUGCACACAAUCGGCUGAAGCCGAAACUAGCGAGUACACUUACCAGUACUGGUGUCGUCGGUACGGCUGUACCUUCCGAUGGUUGUCGGAAGUCUACUUCCCCACAACCGCUAGCUCAAAAAGGCUCGAUGACUUUGCCUAUAAUCGGCAUAGUGCACAAUACAGGCAACUGUUCGCCAACUCCGUCGGGUGUUUCGAUAGGAACGAGCGGCGGAGAAUCGGUGCACACGCAAGAUCUCGACGCGGAAACGAUCGAUCAAUCGGAUGCCGGUGACGAUGAUGACGAUCUGGACGAUGAAUGUAACGGAGAGGAUGAUGAUCUUGACGAUGAAGUUGUGAUCAGUGGCGAUGAAGUGUUGGAUGAUUCGUUGACCGACUCGGAGGACAAUUAUCGCUCGUAUCUGGCUGCGGCCUAUCAGAAGCCAAAAUCACAAUCCGGUUCACCGUCUCCGUCUCUCGGUAGCAAAACGCCCGUAGUCACAUCGAUCGGUGGAGUAAUGGGAGGAUAUGCACCGGAAGGUCCCCUUGCACCAAGCUUGUUUCCGUACGUUCCUCCGUAUCUUACGUUUGCGACGCACGAGGAGAAAGGGCCCCCGAUGCCUCCCGCCAUCCAUAAAGUGUUGAAAUGGAAGCUGACACUCAUUACCCCAAUCGUAGUUCGAAAGGUGCUACUCAACAGUGGAUUCCGUUUGUUGAAGAAAACAAACGAUUGGAUUGGAACUUGGGGAAAACACAUGAAGAGCACGUGUUUCAAAACCUUGCGACCGUAUCAAAAGUUCAACCAUCUUCCUGGAAGUUUCCAAAUCGGCCGAAAGGAUCGAGUGUGGCGUAACCUGCAGACGCAGAUGAACCGCCAUGGCAAGAAGGAGUUUGGUUUCAUGCCUCGUACCUACAUCAUACCUCAGGAUUUAAAAAUGCUACGCCAAUUGUGGCCCCGCUACAAUCAGCGCAACUGCAAGUGGAUAAUAAAACCGCCGGCGUCGGCCCGCGGUACAGGCAUUAAGGUAGUCAAUCGCUGGUCACAGAUCCCAAAGCGGAAACCAUUGAUCGUGCAGCGUUACAUCGAGAGGCCGUUGCUCAUUAACGGCAGCAAGUUUGAUCUGCGACUGUACGUGCUAGUGACAUCGUUGAAUCCGUUGCGUGUGUACAUGCACACGGAUGGGUUAGCGCGGUUCGCGUCAGUAAAAUACAGCGAAAAGUCGGAAACGCUGAGCGAUCGGUAUAUGCAUUUAACGAAUUACAGUAUUAACAAACUGUCAACCAACUACAGCCAGAACGAGGAUGCGGACGCAUGCCAGGGGCACAAGUGGACCAUCAAGUCGCUCUGGUCGUACUUUGCGGAACAGGGCAUCAAUGUCGAUCGGUUGUGGAGUGCACUGCGUAACUUAGUCCUCAGAACAGUACUCGCCGGUGAAGGGUCUAUUCAUGCACUGUCGAAAGUAAACGUGGGGUGCAAAUACAACUGCUAUGAGCUAUUUGGCAUCGAUGUGCUGCUCGAUUCAGAGCUCGUACCGUGGCUACUGGAAGUAAACAUUUCGCCUUCGUUACACUCGGCUUCCUCGUUGGAUCUUUGUGUGAAAGGACCUCUGGUGAAAGCGCUUCUAAAUACCGUUAUGUAUCAGAUUCCUCCUAGAAUACCAAUGGCCGAACAGAAGGAAAUUCUUAAAGAGCAAGGUCUCGAGGGACCACUGUGCUUCGAUAAGCGCAUCUACACGACCGGACUGUCCAAGACCGAAAGACUGAAACAUAACCAAUUCAUCCAGAAAGACAUGUCACGUGAGGAUUAUCUCAGCAGUAUAUUGGAAGAACUAACGCCAGACGAUGUGCGAUGUUUGCUGCUAACCGAAGAUGAACUUGCCCGUAGUGCACCCCUGGAAAGGAUCCUUCCGGCUCCGAACAGUCACCGAUACAUUGGGUUUACCGAGCAUCCUAGGUACUAUAAUCGAUUGCUAGAUGCUUGGGAGCAUCGGUACAGCCAAAACCGAUCGGAAGGAGUCGCACUGCUGCAGUCACUUUGUGCACGAAAAGUGCAUCUGCAGGUUCCUCCCAGCACAUUGAAAAAGGACUGCAACAAUAAGCCACAAACGGAUAGUACAAACAGUGAGAAUGGUUCACAAGACAGCGGGAUCCACACGGACCUAACGAGCCUGUCCGAACUGCCAUCGCAAGAGUCGUCUUCCGUCUAUCAAUCGCAGGAAUCGAUUGACCAACUGCCCGAGGACACGCCGCGCCGUACGGUGCCAGUGGGUUCCGUCAAAAGCACCGUAGAGCCGGCGACAAAUGACGAUUCGCUCGUGGUCACCGCUCAGCCGAUAGUAAUCCGUGCCAUUUAUCCGCCCGGCAGCGAUAAUCUGCUAAGCACUCAAACAAUACAAGUCCCAGUGGCAGUGAGCACCGAAUCUGCUGCCGAUGCUACCGUGAACGAUGCGGCAAGUGGGGACGUUCCAAAGACAACACCGACGCUUGCGGACGACGAUGGCGACAACGUGCGGUUGGGGGACAAAAUUAAGAAAAUCCUAGACGAUGCGUUACUGCUGAAACAACAAGAAUGUGGAACUGAUACGGAAAACGCGAUCAUUGUACAGGAAUAGUACUAUCGGGUUGCAUUGUAACAAACAGGGCACGUUUUCCAGACGUGCCUAACAGCAUACAAUAAUGCCGUGUGUUGUUAGGAUCGGUCAAAAUUUUCCGCACCCUGAAAAGAGAUGUCUUUUGUAUGCUUGUUAAAAGUUUGAUUUUUCGUUCGGAUUUUCCGUUUGAAUGUUUUGUUCGAUUGUGAUGUUGUUUCGUUUCGAUCACAUUCGUGCGCAUUGUUCCUGUUUGGAGCUUUAGGUGGCUCGGCUUUGUAGUAUGCGACAAAUUGCAGCACUAUCGUCGUCACACUCCUCUCUACUGAUAAGUUUUCGAUAAAGCUCGCGGUUUACAGGGAAAUUUUCUACAUAUACCAUUUCCAUGCUCAUGUUAAAUGUGUACGAGACUUGUGAUUAGAAUCGAACGGGAUUCCUCAUUGCAAUGCAGUGGGUGUGUUUCCUUUCGCGAAAAAAAAAAACAAAAAAAACUGCCAACUGCUUAAUCGUGCAGACAAUGAAACGAACGCUGUUUGCGAUGAUCGAUCCUUGACAAACGCACUGAAUCUCUCCUUUUCGAGGGACAAAUGAAAUCGCGUACACCAACUGACGGCCAACGACGCUUGUGUGGUUAGCUAAACUUAAAUUGUGAAUUAUUAGGCGUAAUCGAGCGCCUGUACCAUAAUGUGUUGAAGUAGUAACACUCAACGACGGAACCGGUCGUUAGACUACGCAUUAUAUAUAGGAAAAUAUGCGACGGGCAUUAGUAUAAACCUCAACAGGUUUAGGAUGUUUAGGAUGGCAUUAGUCAGGCGAAUUGGUAAGCAAAAACAUUUCUCCUUGUACUACUAUUUUCUUUGGCACACGGAAUUGCUCCCGGUAUUAAUGGUGUGGUAGAAGUGUGUUGUUAGUACACCAUGUCUGAGUUGGGAAAGAUUGUAAUCACUUAUGUCAAGCUCAUACAACACGGAACAGACGCCUGGUUUACGCCGUAGGAGAGAUUAAACACAGUAUGG